AUGGCACAACUAAAGCAUAGAAAUUUGGUGCAGUUACAUGGGUGGUGCAGGAAGCAGGAUGAACUCCUCAUUGUUUACGACUAUGUACCAAAUGGGAGCCUGGACAAGCUUCUGAUCCAAAAUGAUCAUCAAAAGAAGAAAUUACUAACUUGGGAUCAAAGGUACAAGAUCAUUACUGGAGUUGCUCAAGGGUUGCUGUAUCUCCAUGAAGAAUGUGAACAGCAGGUUGUUCACAGAGAUGUAAAGCCAAGCAAUAUCCUGAUAGAUGCAGAUCUCCAACCAAAGCUUGGAGAUUUUGGUCUUGCAAGGACUUACGAGCAUGGAAUCAAUCCACAGACAACACAUGUUGUAGGAACACUAGGAUACAUGGCUCCCGAGAUCACAAAGACUGGGAAAGCAAGAACAAGCACAGAUGUGUAUGGGUAUGGCAUACUCAUUUUGGAAGUAGCAUGUGGAAGGAAGCCAAUAGAGCCCCAAAAGAAUCCUGAGGAACUGGUAUUGGUAGACUGGGUUAGAGAACUACAUCACCGAGGGGAGAUCAACAGAGCUAUUGACCCCAGUUUAGAUGAGUAUGACAAAGAUGAAGCUCAGCUUGUGCUUAGUCUUGGAUUGCUUUGCUCUCAUCCCAAUCCUGAUAGCAGGCCUAAUAUGAGAAGGAUUGUUCAGUUCCUUCUGGGAGAAACCAUCCUUCCUCCACUUCCUCCUGAUAUUCGCAGUGAAGGUCCAAAGCCAACAAUAAGAUUCCCGUACAACUUUCCAGAUUAUCAAGGCCCUUCAAGUUCUCUAGUGUCUUUGUCAAAAUAUUGUAGUCUUACAUGCUUUGAUGAGGUGGUCUCAGCCACUGUAGUCACAGGGAUGACUUGA